AUGGCCACCAGCCAAUGCUGGGUCGACCAGCUGACAAUGUUGGUUGCACGGGCGCACGCACGCAAAUCCAAAUCGCCACAUGCUGAUUCGACAAAAGCUCGCCACCAUUCGGUGGGCAACCGGGGUGUUUGGCUGUUCCCUGGCUCGGCUGCUGGAGUGUUGUCUCUUCAAACCAAAUUUUCCCGUCUGGAGGCGUUGCUGCAGCAUUUUGCGACCCAAGAGCCGCCCUGCACCAAAACGCUUGCCAUAAUGCAGUUGCGCAGUGAAGUAGAUGUCGCCGCGCGUCACUCCUUGAUGCAGGUCGGUGCGUCUGCAUGGGCGAGUGAGGAGGCGACAGCCAGAGAUCAAACUGACACGCGCGUUCCCCACUGCCAGCGCUGCGUUAGUGCGCUCUUGGCGGAAAUCGGACCCCUUCGAUUGCGACAGCAAUGA